AUGCUCCACCCUCCGAGUAUCACUCUACCGCUCAACAAGUUCGAAGACUUCGGCGUUCACGCCAAUCAGGAUGUUGUUGAACAAGACCGAGCACACGCGGUCUCGCAGACUUCCGACCUCCAGCAGAACUGUCCAAGAUCGCAUCGGGGAUUCCAAAAACGCGUGCAACGUUACCUCCGCUUUUUGAAAAGGAGAAUUUGUCGAAGACAGAGAAUGAAGAUAAGAAGAAAGAGGAAUGACAGUCCGAUUCGCUGGAGGCGCAGGAUUUACUGGAACGCCGUAAUGACCUUGCCGGACACCACUACGAAGUUUGGGCUUUCAGAUUUCGUUAGUCCUGUUUCCGACCUUUGGGCUUAG